UGUCAUAAAUUUGAGAAAAAUGGUGUAACAGUCACGGCGUGGGAUAGCCCUGGAUUUGAGGAUUAUUUAGGCAACGAAGAAGAGUACAGGAAGAAAUUAAGAGAGAAAUGCAGUGAAGUAGAUCUGGUAUUGUAUUGUAUAUCAUUGAUGGAUACUCGUGAGGUAAAUCUGAAGGGCGAGAACUCGUCCCUAAACCAAAUUACCAAAGCUUUCACAGGUGAUGUGUGGGACAAGAGUGUGAUUGUUCUCACAUAUGCGAAUAUGUUAGAAGAGCGAUUCAAAAUUGACGGGAAGAACGUAGAAGCUGCUUUCGCACAACAGAUUGAUAUGUGGAAGGAAAAGGUCCAAGAUGCUCUUAGACAUGCAGGUGUGGAUGAAGUGAUAGUCAAGCAAAUUCAAGUAGCUGCCGCAGGCCACCCCAGCAGAAAACAUCUUCCUGGACGCCAGUUUUGGUUGUCAUUUCUUUGGAUUGUAUUGCUUGCUGCUGUGAAGAAUGAACAUGCCAAGCUAGCGCUACAAAAAGCAAACGAAGACAGAUUUGUGCCAGAAAAAGACGGUGAAAACAGUUCACCCACGUCAUUAGUUGUGACAAAAGACCACGUUGCAAUUUUAGCUGGAAGUGCUGUUGGAAUGGCUGGUGUUGCUAUUGGUGGUACAACUGGUGCUUUGAUCGGUGCUUUGGCAAUUGGAAUUCCAACCUUCGGAGUGGCGGCAGGUUUUGGGCUCGUGUUAGGGCUAGUUAUUGGCGGUGCUGUGGGCGGAGGAGCUGGUACUGGAAUAGGCACCAUCAAGAAAAUUCGAGACAAAAGGAGGAAGAAGAAAGAGGGUCGGUCGGAAAGUGAAAGCAUUUCUGACUCAGGGGAAACAUAAAUGCUUUGAACCCUGAAUCAUACUAGUAUGUAAAUAAUUGUUUAUGGUUUGUAUACUACCGUAUUACUAUAGAAUGUUUUCUUUGCGAAUGA